AUGUUGCCUUUGGAACUCGUCAUCGCUAUCGCGGACCAACUUGAAACUGGCCGCGACUACCUCAACCUCACAAGAACUUGCAAGACGAUUCAUAGAUUGCUGGCUGGCCGCCCUUGGAACGAAGUACAUAUCCACUUUCGCCCAUACUGGGUGGAAGGCAGUGGACAAUCCACCACAAGAUGUAGGGGGAUCAAUGAUGGCUCGGUGCAGAUCAGCAGCACGUGGCAAAUGACCCGGAUUCGCCACAGGCAGUGUCCACUGUCCCCAUGUGAGGCAUGCGAGAUCGAAGCAGCCCUGCUAUCUGUCAACGCGUUUCUCGAUUGUCGAGCAAGACAGUUUAGUAAAGUUCUUCGAGGCUUGACGCUUUCGGGAUGGUUGCCACAGACUCUUGAGUCCGUGAAUAAAGACGCCCCUGGCCAUACAUUCAAAGGUGCUCGAGGCUUGUGCGCUCUCCAGCCAGAGGUUUUGAACAUCGAGCUUCGAUGGGCGAGUUGGAGUCCGAUAAUGCUUUCCGGCUUUGAUUUGACGAGACUAAGGUCACUCAAGAUGCCUGUGAGGGCACCUCUAGAUUGCCUCAAGGUAGGAGCAGCUUUCAUGGGUAUGCCACGUCUGGCAAACCUCACGAUCACAGAAUUGUCUGACAGUCAGGAAUUCGUGGAUGAAUUUUGUCAUCUCGGCGAUGGCAUUUUGGCUCUCUCUUCUUCCUUACGAUCGUUGAACAUCAGUAUCAGCAACUGCAACCGGGCAGAAGGUUGGGAAAAAGAUGAAGCAUUCGUGGAGCCCGGGGAUGCUGCUUUCUUUUUCAAGAAGUUCUUUCUCGAGCCUUCUUGCGAUCGAAUUGAGGCACUAGUCAAAGCAAGAUACAAUGAUCCACGGGAGCCCCCGGACGUGAACAUACUCCGGAGCUCCAAAGGUUCGCUGAAUCUUGAGCGCAUAUGCUUGAAAAAUAUUGGCUUGCCAUGGUGGUCCUUUCAGACAGUGUUCAAUCCAAAAACCGUAAAAGAACUCAAUCUGCCAACAUGUCGAGUGGCUCCAAAUGUCUGGGAUGAUCUCGGAAAGCAUGCACAAGUCCACAAGGUUGCAAACAUCAAUUAUGAGAUGCUUUCCGGUCCUUUCAUGAGUUUCCUAUCAACUCAGCACAAUCUCCACUUCCUCUCAUUCGCACGGCCACCGGACAUUUACAACGUAGCUAACAUCAGAUCCAAUUUGCUAGAUACUCGGGUUGAUGUUGCUUCCUUCUCGGUCACAGAAGCAGCGCCUCAUCUGGGAAAUGGUACGGAAUGGGGUAGAGCUUGUGCCAGAAAUGCCUGGUUGCUGCAAUCAAAAAAAUCCUGGAUCCAGCACGAACACCUAAUCCAGUCUCCAAGUUCCUGGAGAUACUUCGAAGACCUCAUACGUUCUCUGAAUUCGUAUUCCCAGUGCCAGUAUCCAAGGAAGUCAGAUUUCGUGAAGGCUUUGAGCACCAAGACAUCGUUGAAGCAUCUGGUGCUUCCUGCCGACAUGUUCGACAUCACACCGAAAUUCAUGGCAUGUCUCGCGAUCGAACUACCAGCACUGGAGAGCAUUGAAUGGGGCUUCGACUAUGCAUGUCCGGAACUUCGCGCAUGCUUCAUAGAGAACUUUCUCCCCAGCCAUCCUCGACUCAAGAAGAUCACAUUCUUAUCCUUAAACCGACCGCAUCCCCUCUCACACUUCGACGCGAAUGAGUUCCACUCAGCGUUCGCAAAUGGGUCUUGUGAUCUAGCCCCAGCAGUCCUCAAGUAUGUUCGUUAUCGUGAUUUGAACGGCAAGUCGUAUAAGGGCAAAUUCACGACAUCGGAUGUCUACUACCAUCGAAAGACCAUGGACAAUGGGACUUGGUGGCUGAAAAUUCCCGCGAGGAAGGCAGAUAGUAUGUUCGAGGAUGAAAUAACACCGAACAUCUGA